CCGCACCGGCAUACCACGUUUGGCCUCCUCUCGCAGGGAUUGUCUCCAACCAGGGCUCAAGGACAGGCGCUCGAGGAGGUCGGUACACGUCUGGAGUGGCUGCCGAGCUGGGCGUGGAGGACAUGGAGGCCGAGGAGAUGACCAGGAUUAUGAUCCUUUCAUUCUAG